AUGUGCGCCCAUAUCUCGGGCAAUCUGUUGUCUGCCCUUCAAACUGCGGGGCUCAAUCUUCCCCCACAGAAGCUCACACGUGGAGGUGCCGUACCUGACGUGUCUGAGAUGAGCGGUGUUGUCCAGGAGACGAGCUCCGAGGUGCAGACACUGAAGAAGGAAGUCGCUGCUCUGCGCGCCGAUUAUGCCGACCUGCAGUCGAACUUCAGCAGCGUGAGCAAGCAGCUGUGUGAGCGCGUGGCGGCACUGGAGAAGGCGCGGGAGACAGCGAACAAAGAGGCCAUGCUGGGUGCGCACGGCCAGCCAGACGUGGCCUCUCCAUCCAAGCGGCCUGGUACAUCCCGACCUGCCCCGCCGCAGCGUCCGGUCGCUCCACUCCCAGCUGCGACCCGCCCGCCCGCUCCCAUAUACCAAGGUUUCGCGGCUAUGCCACCUUAUGCUCCACCGCCCGGGAUGCCGUUUUACUGGCAAGGAGCUCCCCCGCCGCACGCACCCCCCCCGCAGCAGUCGUACCCCCCGCCAGCCAUCCCGAGUAUGAGUGGCGCGGGUGAAGGAGGCGUGGAAUGGAUGCGCGAUUCCGGAGGCGAGGCAGGUGUAGCUGGAGCUCGUUCCGAUGCCUUCAACGGCGGACGAGCGAAGUCCAGGUACGCGGGGGUUACCGGGGGUGGAGAUGCUUGGUUUGCCAAGCUACUGAUGCCGGCCCCUCAAAACCCCAUUCGCAUGGGGCCGUUCCCGAGCGAGGAGGAGGCAGCCAAGGGAUACAAGGCUGCCGCUGUGGUGGUUCGGCCGCAAAGUUAUCGCAUCCAGCGUAGCAUUGAACUGACCCUGUCGGAGCAGCAGCUGCUGACCGGGUGCACCAGGCAGCAUGUGGCAAGCCUGGCCGAGCGUGGCCUCUGGCACAGGUGGCGCGAAUGGCGGCAGAUUAUGCCGGAGCUUGCACCGGCUCCUCUGCUUCAGGUUCCUGGUGCAGCCACCAUGUUGCCGCCGCGGCCGCAAGCACAGCCGAGCAGCAGCCAAGCCACACAACCUCCGGGCAUGGCCCACUCUCGAACCCCAGGUGGUCACCAGCAAUACUUGGAGGACCUACAUCACUAUAACUGA